AUGACCACACCUAUCAGAAGCGUCGCCAGCUCAGAGGUCCAGUCUGUGAUUGCGAGAGCGCCUCCCUCGGUCACGUUCCAUCCUUCUCCGACAGCGUGGGAGGAUCAGGUCCUCUACUUUCUCCUCCCAGACCGCUUUUCGGAUAACUCAGAGAAAGACUACAAGGAUGUCCAAGGCAACCCUGUCGCCACCGGUACUACUGCCAAAUACGGCCCCCAGGACAAUGCAAACGCCGUCAGCAAUGACAAUGACGCGGCCCAGUGGAGAGAUGCUGGCUCAGCCUUCGUUGGAGGAAAGCUGAAAGGUGUGAUCAGCAAGCUGGGAUAUCUCAAGCGCCUCGGCGUCACAACUCUCUGGAUCGGUCCGAUUUUCAAAAACGUGUCGGAGCUGCAGACUUACCAUGGCUAUGGCGUGCAGCAUUUUCUGGACAUCGACCCCCGAUUUGGUACCCCGGAAGACUUGAAUGCCCUGGUUGCUGCCGCACACAAGGAGGGCAUCUAUGUCUUACUUGACAUCAUCCUCAAUCACAGUGGCAAUGUCUUUGAGUACAAGGCAGACAACCCGCACUAUACGGGAGACACGUUCGAUGUGAAAGGCUUUUAUGACAAAGACAGAGUACCGAACAUACCUCUAGGCAAAGUCGAUGAGAAGAAGUAUCCCACUGCUUUCCCAGAUGCCGCAGUGUGGCCAUCUGAACUGCAGAGCGCCGAAUGCUUCACACGCAAGGGCCAGAUUAACGAUGACGGGUGGGAUCGAUCGCCCGAGUAUCUCGAUGGCGACUUUUAUGAUCUCAAGGAUAUCGCACUGGGAGAUCCGAGCCCAGACAAUUUCAACGCCACGCCCGCAUUGAAAGCUCUAUGCCAAUGCUAUCAGUACUGGAUCGCCUACAGCGACAUUGAUGGUUACCGAAUCGAUACCGUCAAGCACAUGGGGGACGGUCCCACCAGGUAUUUUGCGAGUGUCAUCCACGAAUAUGCGCAGCACCUGGGCAAGGACAAGUUCCUCCUGGUUGGUGAAAUAACAGGCUCGAGGGCCUUCGAAACCGUCGAGGCCACAGGUAUAGAUGCCGCUCUCGGGAUCGGAGAUGUCCAGGAAAAGCUCUGGAGGGUUCCUAAAGGUCAGGUCAAUCCGGCGGAAUAUUUUGACCUGUUCCGCAACGCUCUCUACCUUAACAAGGGCAGCCACACCUGGUUCCGAGACAAAGUCGUCACCAUGAUUGACGACCAUGAUCAGGUCUGGCGAGGAAACUAUAAAGGCCGUUUCUGCUCCGACGGCAAUGGUCCCCAGCUCGUCGUGGCUGCUAUUGCUCUCAACCUCUUCACUUUGGGUAUUCCCUGCAUUUACUAUGGCACUGAACAAGCCUUCGAUGGCCAGGGCGGAAGCGAUCAAUAUAUCCGGGAAGCCAUGUUUGGAGGGGCGUUUGGUGCCUUUCGUAGCAAACGCCGCCAUUUCUUCGACGAAGACAACCCUGUCUGGAAGACUGUGGCUGGCCUGGCAGAGGUUCGGAGCCAAGAGAUGGCCUUGCGCAGAGGGAGGCAGUACCUCCGCGAGAUUUCAGGCGACGGCGUUCACUUUGGCCUGCCGAGCAUUGUCGGCUCGCCGCCCAUCCGGUCUGUCAUUGCUUGGUCCAGACUCUUCGCUGGGGAGGAGGUGUUGUGCGCAAUCGCCACAGAUCCAAACUCUCAGGUGUCUGCCUGGGUGACGGUUGACAGUGACGUGCAUCCACCCGGGAGUACGAUCGUGUUGUUGUACUCCAGCAUCGCUGACAAGGUGCCAAAAUCAGUGAAAGUCCAGGACACGAACGGAAGGUCAAUCGUACAGGUUACGGUUCCGCCUGGCGGGGUGGUCCUCUACAAAUAG